ACAUUAGACUGAGUCACACAGAGGCUCCAGCUGUGCAGCGAACAGACACAAACCUACAACUGAGAUAACACAGACUUUACAACAGUAGAAGAUACAACAGUAGAAGUUAAAACAGUAGAAGAUACAACAGUAGAAGAUACAACAGUAGAAGAUACAACAGUAGAAGUUACAACAGUAGAAGAUACAACAGUAGAAGUUACAACAGUAGAAGUUACAACAGUAGAAGUUACAACAGUAGAAGAUACAACAGUAGAAGUUACAACAGUAGAAGUUACAACAGUAGAAGUUACAACAGUAGAAGUUACAACAGUAGAAGUUACAACAGUAGAAGAUACAACAGUAGAAGAUACAACAGUAGAAGAUACAACAGUAGAAGUUACAACAGUAGAAGUUACAACAGUAGAAGUUACAACAGUAGAAGUUACAACAGUAGAAGAUACAACAGUAGAAGAUACAACAGUAGAAGAUACAACAGUAGAAGUUACAAGAGUAGAAGUUACUUCAUUUGAGCACAGCUGUGUAAAGAUGUCAGAGGCAACCUAUAAAAACAGAGAUGGAUUGAAAGGGGAAAAAACAAAUGAGACCAUGAAUAUUGAUGAUCAUAUACCGAUCAACAAAAGACCCAUCAUGCCCUGCAAGAAGGAUGGAGCUGGUGAUCAACAUUCAGUGUCUUGUCAGUGGUGGAAGAGAUACUCUGGAGCUGCUGCAGUGUGUCUGGGGCUUCUGUGUGUUCUCCUACUGGCUGGGAUCAUAGGCCUGUUUCUCUACCAGAGAAACCAAUUGACCUGUUCCAACACCCUGACCAAAGAGAGGGACCAGUUACAGACCAGUGGAAACAAUCUGACUGAAGAGAGAGACCAGCUACAGACUAGCAACAACACGCUGACCAAAGGGAGAGACCAGCUACAGACCAGCGACAACACCCUGACCAAAGAGAGAGACCAGCUACAGACCAGAUACAACACCCUGACCAAAGAGAGAGACCAGCUACAGACCAGUUACAACACCCUGACCAAAGAGAGAGACCAGCUACAGAAAGAGACAGAACUUCUGAAACAAUCUUUAGUUGAGAAAGUGUGUCCUCGAGGAUGGAAGAAGCUUGGUAGCAGUUGUUACUACGUCUCUACUGAGACAAAAUCCUGGGAGGAGAGCAGACAGGACUGCAGAAAUAGAGGAGCAGACCUGGUCAUCAUCAACAGCCAAGAGAAACAGACAUUAGUCAAUUGGUUAUGCGGGGUAAAGAACUAUGUCUGGAUUGGUCUGACUGACUCUGUUACUGAGGGGACCUGGAAAUGGGUGGACGACACACCACUAACCACAAAGUAUUGGAACAGUGGACAGCCUGAUUCUAUGUGUUGUUUCUCCUACAGGUAUUGGAACAGUGGACAGCCUGAUUCUCCUACAGGUAUUGGAACAGUGGACAGCCUGAUUCUAUGUGUUGUUUCUUCUACAGGUAUUGGAACAGUGGACAGCCUGAUUAUAUGUGUUGUUUCUUCUACAGGUAUUGGAACAGUGGACAACCUGAUUCUAUGUGUUGUUUCUUCUACAGGUAUUGGAACAGUGGACAGCCUGAUUCUGUGUUGUUUCUUCUACAGGUAUUGGAACAGUGGACAGUCUGAUUCUAUGUGUUGUUUCAUCUACAGGUAUUGGAACAGUGGACAGCCUGAUUCUGUGUUGUUUCUUCUACAGGUAUUGGAACAGUGGACAACCUGAUUCUAUGUGUUGUUUCUUCUACAGGUAUUGGUACAGUGGACAACCUGAUUAUAUGUGUUGUUUCUUCUACAGGUAUUGGAACAGUGGACAGCCUGAUUCUAUGUCUUGUUUCUUAUACAGGUAUUGGAACAAUGCCAUUCUGAUUCUGUGUUGUUUCUU